UCUCCCAGCUGACCUCAUUUACUGCUGAGUUGUGCGGUUGCAGCAGCUGUGGAUAAAACACAUAAUUUGAUUUUGUUUUAUGUAACCAGAGGAUUGGAACUUAAGCGGCUAGUACUCAAAGAACUGUAAGAGAAGAUAAUUUGGAGUAAUAUUGUUAAUGCACAGUCGUGUGGUAAUCCUACCAGUAACUUAACGACAGGCCAAAGAGAUAAGGCUUGUGAACUUUGUCUGGGGAUAUAAUAAGAAAACAUCUGUCUGCAAGAAAAAUGUGCGGAAGAUAAGAGCUUCAAGGUUCCGACAGAAGAUUUAAGCUUUCUUGCAGGGAAAUGCUGUUUACUUGAACGAAAGUUCAUAUCAAAUAUGUGCUCUAGGCAUCCACACAUAGGAUUGUGUUUGUUGUGACAGCCUCUUAUACAGGGCGCUUGCACAGCAAUAGGCCUGCAAUGGAGGAUUUUACAACCAGAACUUAUGGAACCAGUGGAUUGGACAAUAGACCUUUAUUUGGAGAAACCUCUGCUAGGGAUCGAAUAAUCAACUUAGUUGUUGGUGGCCUCACUUCUUUAUUAGUUCUAGUAACAAUUAUUAGUGCUUUUGUCUUCCCUAAUUUACCUCCGAAACCUGUGAAUGCUUUCUUCGCUGUUUGUAUCAUUAUGAGUUGCAUCUCAGUUGUUAUACUUAUUGUUUGGUAUCGUCAAGGAGACCUGGAGCCUAAAUUCCGAAAUCUAAUUUACUAUUUUUUAUUUUCGAUUGUCCUGCUGUGUAUUUGUGCCAAUUUAUACUUCCAUGAUGUGGGGAAAUGACUGACAGCAGUAUGUCUUAUAGCUAAUGUACUGAAGAAAUAAACACAAGGACCUGAAGGAGGUCUAAAGGAACAUACCUUAUACAAGCAAAGAAGGCUAUAGAAGAAUAGUGUCAUGAUAUAAAAAAUGAUUGGACAUUUCAUUUAAGUUGAUGUGGAAAAGGAUGACCUUUUUAAAAUUGUGUCUAUAACUGUUGUAGUAAAUUUGAAAGGGUUAAUUAUAAAAGUGAUAACACAUGC